AUGGGGUACAAUGUGGUGGGGAGUGUGAGUUCAGGGGUUGGGAUGCUGAAGGGGUGGGGUUGGGGGCGUUGGGUGGAUGAGGAGGAGACAACAAACAUGGAAUGUAUAAAGCUACAGGCAAUAAACAGUGGAAUUGAAGAAUCCCUCGUAGAUGAAGUACGCAAAGUUUCAAGACAAUUUUUUGACCUUUCAAUGGAAGAGAAGCAAAAAUAUGGCAGAGCACCGGAUAAUACUGAAGGAUAUGGAAAUGACAUGGUUCUUUCUGAAAAUGUUCUUCCUGAAAAUCAAACUCUUGACUGGACUGACAGACUGUAUCUCCUGGUUCAUCCAGAAGACGAGCGAAAGCUUAAGUAUUGGCCAGAAAAUCCGAAGUCAUUUAGGGUGAUUUUAGAAGAAUACAGCAACAGAUUAAAACUGAUAGCAGAGGAACUUCUCAGGUCUACAGCAAGGUCUAUGAACUUACCGGAUGAUCGAUUUCUGAGAUUGUAUGGAGACAGGCCAGUAAUGUAUGCAAGAUUUAGUUUUUAUCCUCCGUGUCCGAGGCCUAAACUUGUUCAUGGCCUCAAACCCCAUGCGGAUGGAUCAGCCAUUACCAUUCUCUUACAAGAUAAAGAAGUUGGUGGUCUUCAAAUACUGAAAGACGACAAAUGGUACCGAGUUCCCAUCAUGCCUUAUGCUCUUCUCGUCAACAUUGGGGAUCAAGUAGAGGAAAGGAUCACUGUGGCUAUGUUCUGUAGCCCAGAAUCCGGGAGCGAGAUCGAACCUGUUGAGGAGAUAAUUGAUGAUAAAAGGCCAAAAUUAUACAAAACGGUGAAGGAUUAUACUGCAACUUACUUCCAAUACUUCCAGCAAGGAAAAAGGCCAAUCCAUGCUGUGAAAAUCUGA